CUGUUUUCAGGGGAGAAAGGACUUCUUUUCAACAACAUUCUUCGCUCUGUUCGCAUGCCAUAAAGGUUUGGGGCGUUAAUUAGGAGAUUAUAAUCGGUCGCGGCGUGUCUUGUUAGACCAGUUACGCUUCCCCCAGUUACCAGCGCGUUAGAAUCUAUUCGCGACAAGGUAAAAAAAAAAAAAAAAAAAAAUCGACUCCAUCUGGUUGUGAGGUAGUCUUCUUUAGCUAGCUUAUUUAGCCAGGAGCUACCAGUAGAUUUACGGCUUAGAUCCGCGGCUACUUUUCUAAGGUAGACCACCUACAGCUUUGGUUACUCGGCGGCCACGAUGAUGUGGUUAGUUUACGCCAGUCAGCGAGUGGACGCUAAAUAAUUGAUCCGAUUUUGGUAUCAAACACAACCCGCGUUCGAUCCCAGUUCGCUUUGGCCUGUUUUCAUUGUAUCCUCACGUCGGUAGUGUCGGGUGGUUCGACCAGUGUGUGCGGCGUCAAAUUUAGCUGCGUUGCCGUCAACAAACGAGUCAGCAGCUGUCGAUUGGGGAGAUAACUUGAGGGAAGCCAAGUGUCAAGUAUGGCGCAGCACGAUUGCUCUCAUGUCGCUAGUUCACAGAAAGCGCUCAUGCUGGAAAUGAAGAGCCUCCAAGAGGAACCCGUCGAGGGCUUUAAAAUAACGCUGGUGGACGAGGCAGACAUGUACAACUGGGAAGUGGCCAUUUUCGGACCCCCCAAUACACACUAUGAGGGGGGCUAUUUCAAGGCCCGGAUCAAGUUCCCCAUGGACUACCCAUAUUCUCCACCUUCCUUCAGAUUCCUCACUAAGAUGUGGCAUCCCAACAUCUAUGAGAAUGGAGAUGUAUGUAUUUCUAUAUUGCACCCACCAGUGGAUGACCCGCAAAGUGGAGAACUGCCUUCAGAGAGAUGGAAUCCCACCCAGAAUGUCAGAACCAUUUUGCUCAGUGUGAUCUCACUGCUGAAUGAGCCAAACACCUUCUCUCCUGCCAACGUGGAUGCCUCCGUCAUGUACCGCAAAUGGAGGGACAGCAAGGGCAAGGAUCGGGAAUAUGUCGAGAUCAUUAGAAAACAAGUGUUGGCCACCAAGGUUGAGGCGGAACGCGACGGGGUUCAGGUACCCACCACGCUGGCCGAGUACUGUGUCCGCACACGCGCCCCACCUCCCGACGAGGGGUCCGAUCUCUUCUAUGACUAUUAUUACGACGACGACGACGUCGAGGACGGAGACGGCGACUGCUGCUACGACGAAGACGACUCGGGCAACGAAGAGUCGUGACAUGCCUUUUCCGCAGCGUGACCAAUCUUUGGUGACAUGCGACGACCCCACUUUUACUGCCCGGGUCGUCCGAGAGGUCUGAGGUUUGCAAGUGAGAAAUAUUUGACACCUCCUGUUUGUAAACCAAUGAAACAAGAUGAUUUUACCUUAGCUUGCGCGCUCUUUGUUAAAGCUGAAUUGAUGGGCUCAUGUGGAUUUGCACCAGCAAAAAAAAAAAUUUCUUUUGACCUGAAAUCAGAGAGGCCAACUUAAAUAGUGCUUCUUUGACUGCUAAAAGGUCAAAUGGGGGUGAUGCCACUUUGCACUGAUGCAAACACUUACAAAUCAUUCACUUCACAAUUUCUUUCAUUGUUACUAAUUUCCCUAACCAGUUCUGAAUAUGAUUUUUGCUUACCGGUAUUAAGUCUCAGCGACUUCCUAGAGUGGUGAACUACGGAAAAAAAAAAGGGAUGGGACUUUAUUCAAACAUCAUCUGCAUGCCAGAAAACAUUGGAUUUUUUUUUUUUCCUUCUUCUGAAAAAUUGUUUGCAAAUGGUGAUCUUCUUACAGCUUUGAUAACAAGUGUGUGCGAUUACAGAGAGUAGUGGGAAAAAGUGGACUGCCGGCUGGGUCAAAAUGCUGUUCACCAGUUUUACUUU